CCCACCAGAAAGACAAGAAGAAGAAAAAAAAACAUGGCGUCUGUCAACAGUGUCGAGUGGAGAGCCAUCUGCGACAAAUUCACCAACGCCCAAAAUCUCACCGAUACAGAAUCACGAAAAGAUCCAGAAAACGACCCGUUUCGCUCCAAGUAUAAAGCCAGAGAUCUUCUCCGAGAAAUUUAUUGCUCACUCAAGAAUUUUGAAGUGGGUGACGGCGAGGAGGACACGGGUGGAGAGAGCGUCGACCAGCGGCCGACUGAGCAGCCGUUGGACGGUCAAAGGGAGGAUGCUUUCGAUCGCGGUUUUAGCGGGGACUCUCCGGCGGGGAUGCGGGCAGCUAAACUCGGGGCUGUGGAGUAUUACCUGGGCGUGAACCAUGUGGACACGGAGGAGCUGUCCGCUGGGCAGGAGCAUCUGAUGAACUCCAUCAAACUGCUGGAUAGAUGCAGGGUGUCGGCGGAGAACGUGUCUCUGUUUAUUCAUGUCAGGAACCAGCUUGGCAUCCUUUGGGCUGGUCGUGAUGAGACUGAGACAGCUCAAGGCUACCUGGAGACAGCAGAAUCCAUCUACCAACGUUACAUGAAGGAGGAUGGGAGGCCACCCACUGACAUGACAGAGUACUUCAGUACUGAAGAGAACCUGCUGACGCACCAGGAAAGGACCAAGAGAUUUGAGUUGGCUUACACCCAUACCAUGUACUACCUUGCUCAAGUUUACAAAAACCUUGGUGAGAAAGAGCGUGCUGCCACCUACUGCCACAGCACCCUGCAGAGGCAGUUACAGUUGAACCAGUUCAGCCCAAUGGAGUGGGCCCUGAAUGCUGCUACACUGUCUCAGUAUUACAUCACAAUGGGCCGAUUCAUGGAAGGCAGACACUGCCUUGCAGCAGCAACCGUCAUCUCAGGUUUGGCAGGAGAGGUUCCCUCUGAAGCUGCAGCACAGGAAAGUGAAACGGAGAACGAGCGCAGGGAACAGCUCCGACAGAAGAGAGCAGAGAUUGCAAGAUGUUGGAUUAAAUACUGUCUCAAUCUCCUGCAGGAUGCCAAGAAGCUGCUGGAGGACAACAUUGGUGAGCUGGAUACUGAUCAUCAAGAUGAGCUGAGGAGAGCGAGAAGGCAAGAGGAGGAGGAGGAAGAGAAGGGGCGGAAGAGCGCCCUGCUGUUUGGUUCUGAAGACACCUUUGAUUCUAUUGCAAGUGUGGAAGAAAAGGUGAUGUGUUUGCUUCCAUUGGACUUUACUGAGGCCAGAGGUGUGUUUUUGGUGGGACAGAAUUAUGUAACACAGGCUAAGGAGUACUAUCAGAUGGACGGAUAUGUGACGGACCACAUAGAGAUCCUGCAGGAUCACAGCGCUCUGUUCAAGGCCCUGGCUUUCUAUGAGGAAGAUCUGGAGCGUCGAUGCAGGAUGCACAAAAGACGAGUUGACAUGUUGGAACCAAUCUGUAAUGACUUGAAUGCUCAGUACUACCUACUGAUCCGCAGACAGCUGAUGUUCGAGUUGGCUGAGAUCUACAAUGAAAUGAUGGAUGAGAAGCUGUCUCUGGCCAACAGACAAGCAGAUAUGCAGUCUUUAGACAGCCACAUCAUUAAGAAGUUCAACCAUCUCUGCUCUGCUUCUGCAAAGUACUUCCAGAUGUUCCUGGACACUCUGUGUUCUCCACAGGGAAAGCCUCCUGAACACCUGGAGGAGGAGGUGCUCAGACCAGCUCUGGUGGCCCACUUCAGAGUAGCCCGACUUCACAGCAAACUCAUCAGCUCUUCCACAUCGGUUCAGCUGGAAAACCUCAACAAAUCUCUGGAAAACUACAAGUACGUGGUGCAGUAUUGUGAGGAGCACCCUGAGGCAGCAGCUGUGGUGGAGACGGAGCUGGAGCUGAGUAAAGAAUUGGUUGGCCUCCUUCCUCUCAAAAUCAACCGCCUCAAAUCACGGAUGGCUGCAAACGACUGAAAAACCCUGUUUACUCAUGUAUCACAGAACUGAUCCUGUUCAAUUUAGUCAAACGCAACAAUCUAAAUGUAACUUGUCGAUUCUUUGUGAACACUCAGCAGUCAGAGAAACCAAAAGGCAGAUUGAUUUAUUUCUGCUAUUUCAGUGUGCAGUGUUUUUUCUUUUUUCUUUCUCCUGUGUAGUGA